AUGGGGGCGAUGGACCAGUGCGAGGAGCUCCGCGCCGCCCUUCGCUUGAAAGCGGGAAGGCCUCCGCCCCCUGCUGAUGCUCCGGCUGCGCAAGCUGGAAUGGUGCAGCCUGGACAAAGCUUCCGCAUUCUUUGCUUCCACGGCUUCGUGCAGAAUG